AUGGCGGAAAUCAUCCGAGCACGAAACUCCAGCUCUUCAGCACCUUCACGGAACCCCUCCCCCUUGCAGCGACGAAGUCACCUCAGCGUCAGUCCUCGAAUCAGCACACAUUCAUGGGUUAAUUCGCAACUUGAAGCACCACCUUCGGGUGGUGAAAGUCACCACAUUCAAAGUAGUUCUCAACCUCAACCUCCAGUAAGCCCUCGUAGAGGUCCCCUUCGCAUGACCAACCCUGAUGAAGAUGCGUACGCGGACCUCGACGAAGAAUACAUGAAUCUCGAGGCCAAUGUCUCGGGUACAAAUAUGGGUUUUCAGGCUGGUUCAGGGAAACUCAAGAAGGAACAGCGUGCCAAAAAGAGACGCUUUGUCGGUGGUUUUGUGAAAGGACUGCGAAAAUUCAGUGGAACUGUUUUUGGGUACGGCGGAAAUCCGAACCUUCGAAUGACAGACACGGAACCCACUACCGCACAAGAGGACACCUUACCGCGUUAUGCUUCAAAUCCCACCACUCCAGUAACGGCGCAUACGAAUGAACGCCCUAGGCGACCGCUACCCUCUACUCCCCACCCCGAUAUUGUCGACGGUUUACCCCCCGCAUUAGUGUCCGGUCCGCGCAGACCACCGCCCCCCUCGUUCCGAAUCACCCCUCCUUUACCAGUUUCACAACAGAGCUCAUUCACACAUAUCUCGGAACUUCCCUCAAACCUAUCGGGGCCACAUGUCGAGCGCGCGUCGAACACGGUUGUUCCCAUACCUAUGCCUGCACCCGCACAGCCCAGCGACAACGUUGACACACCCAUAGCACCACGUCGAUCCACAUCGUACCAGUCGUACUCUCAUUUAGAGCGAUCUUCCCAUCCAACUCGGAUUGAAGUCACUGAUGAUCAAGGUACGAUUGGCAGGUCUACGUCGGCUAGAUCCCCCGGUCGUCAGCCCUCUAUCCCACCCAUCGCAGUGACUCCGAACGUGGAGCCUUCACGCUCAAGGGAUUAUUCACACCCUGCCUCGGUGUUAGUACGUCCGUUACCCACCGAAGACUACCGAAGGAUGUCCAAAUCUAUCACUCAUAACACUGUUGGUUCGUCAUCCAUUAGCUAUGAGCCGUCGUUCUCGACAGAACUGAGCCCGAUACACGGAUUUUUCUCCACUCUAUGGCACAUGCCCUGGGUAGCAACAGACAGAAUCACUGUUGAUUACUUUCCCGGUAUGAGUCGUGGUGCUUGGGAGUGGAAAAGAAUUGUAGUGAAACCUGAAAGGCCUUCCGACCACGAUAAUGCAAAGGAAAAAACCAAAGUAGAAUACAAGCCCGUGGUCAAACCGCUCAAGUCGUGGUACACCGGUGUUUCACCGAUGUCUCGUGGCUCGAUGCCUGGCUGGGCGAGAUCCGUAGAUCCAGAAGUAGGUGGAAUAGACCUACUCAGCUCUGGCACUAGUGCAACUAGAUCAUCAGUUGCCACCAGUAACGGACCCGGAUCUCCUCCUCCCAGAACAAGCAGGAACCGGUUUUCUCCUCAUCGAGAGAGUCGAAGACUAUUUUACUCACCACAUCAAUACUCCUUUGUGGAUGCCAUUACUUCUACGCCACCGCUGAGGGUUAAAAAGAAGACUAGGCAAGAACAUAGGUCUAGGAAUGGAAAACAUUCCAGUCACCGUUAUGACCGACCCCGCAGGCAUCGUCGAACUCAGGAUCCCUCUUCUAUUCUACCUCCACCAGUACCACCCAUCCCACCGGCGGCUUACACGCACGGUUAUGUGCCAUAUCAGCCUUCUGCUCCUUUAUAUUUCCUUCAAAGCCCCACACUUGGACCCGUGCAUCCAAAUGUUGACCCUCACUCUCCCCCACCAGCGGGCAACCAGGCGUACCAGAACCAGCUUUCCCCCUUGAUCAUGGUCCCUGGUAUCCCCACCGUUGUGCCAUUCCAAGGUGGCUCGAAUGCUGACUCGACUGGCACUGCUAGUCCACCUGGUGUGGCUGGUAGAGGUGCUGGCGGAGGCUACGCUUUUCCCGGGGCUAGUAGCCAAUUCCCCGGAAUAUUCACGUAUGGAGGGCUAUCACCUUCUGCUCCCAAGCCAAAUCCUGGAUGA